AACCAACACAAACACAAUGUCCGAAAACAAAGCCAGACCGAUCAGCCUCUUCUGCCCCUCGGUGCCGAGCACAGCCCGAGUUCUGGUGUCUCCGGAGCAGAGGCUGGACUUGGGCUCCAUAGCCCGGACGUUUGGGCUCGACCCUUCGACGGUGAAGCUCAACGGCCACUUCAUCAGCAGAGGACCCGACCUCGUCGCCUGCUCCGUCACAUGGAAGUCCCUCCUCUCUUUCUUCUCCGCCAAGGGACUCUUUACCGGCGAAAACGACGCCUCCCCACUUGUCGUUGACGGCAAGCUCUGCAAAGUCGGCAACAAGCGUAGAGGGCAUGAUGGUGUAAAGACUAUUGGGUAUGUGACUGAAGACCAAGAUAGUAAGCUGGUCAGUAGUAAAAAGACCAGGACCAGUGACCCAGGAUGUGGAGUGCCCAACUACAAUGGCAUUUGCUCCAAGAGAAAGCAAUUGCUGGAGGAUGUAAACUUGAUCAAGAAGCUAAAGAUCAAUGAUACUAAUCCCGAUAACCAAGGAAGAAGUAGAGACGUAUGCAACAGUAUCUCAAACACGAAAUCCCAAUUUAGGUGCAGCUACUCAAGUGGACGAGUGAAGCGGAUGAGAGAAGAUGAAGCAGUCGAAGUUUCGCAUUGCAAAAAGAUGAGAUGAAGCUUGCUUUUUGAUCUUCUAAAGUUGUAAAUUUUGCAAAACAAAAUAAUAGUGCAGAUGGAUCUUGUUUUGCAUUCAGUUGCAGCAUUGACAAUUUUCAUAUGCUUCAUUCACGGGAAAAGAGUAACAAACAAGAGCAGAGAAAACUUAACAAAAUGACUCCGGGUUAAUAGGCCCUCACAUUGAGGAACAAAAAUGGCCUAAAAAUAUGCAACUGAAGAAAACAAACUGCUGAAAAGAAAAGACAAGCUAAAGUUAUGAUAUUGAACAGCUAUAGACAUGGAUAACUAAAGUUUUAACACACUUUCGCUCCUACCUUGAACAUCUUCCGCUGACAAAUACAUAUACCAAAACCGUCUCACUUUAAG